AUGAAUCCCAAGGAGAAUGCUAGUGCAGUAACUUUGAGAAGCAGGAAUCAAUAUGAUCCACCUAGUCCUCCAAUGCCUAGUAAAUUGUCAUCCAAGCCACAAGUUGAUUGCUCGGUUGAUGAAGAUGUGCCUCCAAACCCAACCAACCCUACACAACCAACCCCAAAGCCUACUUUUAUCACCCCACCUCCUUUCCCAAGCAGACUGAAGAAGACUAAAAACGAAGAGGUUGAUAAGGAAAUUCUUGAUACAUUUCGCAAGGUAGAAGUGAAUAUUCCUUUUCUUGACGCUAUAAAACAAGUUUCGCACUAUGAUAAGUUUUUGAAAGAAUUUUUCACUAAUAAGCGUAAGUUGAGGGGUAAUGAAAAAGUUAGUGCGGGGGAGAAUGUUUUUGAGGUUCUUCAAAAGAAGCUUCCACCAAAGUGUAAGGAUCCUGGUACUUUUACUAUCCCUUGCACUAUUGGAAAUAAAAGAAUUGAGCAUUGUAUGUUGGAUUUGGGAGCCUCUAUAAAUGUCAUGCCAUUCUCCAUUUAUGCUUCAUUGAAUCUCGGUCCACUUGAAGAAACAGAGGUGAUAAUUCAACUUGCUGAUAGGUCGAAUGCUUCUCCCAGAGAUUUCUAUGUUCUUGAUAUGGAAGAUGAAUCCAUUCCAUGCUCCACUCCAAUUUUGUUUGGAAGACCAUUCAUGAAAACUGCAAGAACCAAGAUUUAUUUGUCUGACGGUACAAUGACCAUGGAAUUUGAUGGGGAGACAAUUCGAUUCAAUAUUUUUGAGGCUAUGAUGUGUCCAAGUGAUGUACAUGUUGUUUGCUCUCUUGAUGUGUUGGAUAUCCUUUCUCAAUGA